UGAGCUCAGGCAGUGAUUCAGCAGAAGAGUCUGAAGAGAGUGAUGGUGGCAGAGAUGUAGUCAGUAUAUGUCAGCGCUGCUGUACCACAAAUUCCAAAGACUGGCACAAUGCCAAAGAGGGUGGAGUUGUGUGUACAAAAUGCCGGCUGUUCUACAAGAAGUACGGGGACGACUCAGCCAUAGAGUCCCCUCCGGCCACCUCCAGCCCCUCCCCCUUCCUCUUCGAGGACGGCGAGUCGACUCCUUCCAAGCACAAUAUGCGCACACGGCGCAGUAAUAAUACAGCAUCAACAAACGGAAAGAAGAAAGACAGAACCAGCGUAAGUAGCCCAGACACAGAAGCCGCAGCCAGUCUCGGCCCUAACGCCAGCACCAGUAGCAACACAAUUACAGCCAAUAAUAGUUCCUCCAGCAAAGGUGGUCGCAAGUCUCCGCCCACAGGAGACAAGGAAAACAAGAAGUCUUCUCAGAAAUCGAAAGAGUCAAACUCAGCUAAAGCGAAAAAGAGAAGAAUUCCUGCCGAGGAAGACUCAAAGCUUGCCAAGAAAAAGAAGGAUCGCUCUGACUCUGAAUCAGGCACAGACAGCAGUUCUGUCUCUGGAGCUGAAGACGCUGCCAACGACGCAGACUCAGACGACAACAACCAGGAGGAGCUUAGCAGCAGCUCCCGGCCUUCCAGCCCCAGUUCCGUGGAGCGUGGGUUCAAGCCCUUACAGCCCCAGCCACCGACCCCUGGUUCUCACCCGCUGUUGACCAGCACCAGUUCUGGAGUGACCAGUGGACCAGUGACUGGCAAUAAGCCUGUAUCCUCCCUAGAGUUGACCCCCAGCAGUGUCACAGCCGCUCAGGGUACUCUAGUAGCAGCUUCAUCCGUCAGUCACGCAACAGGCGGUUCUACAUUCGUUUCCCCUUUAGCUGCCAGUGCUCACCCAGCGGUGACCUCGUCUGCAAUAAAAACUGUCCCAGGCCCUCCGGUCCCCCCCUCUCUGGUCCCGGCCGGACUGCCUCAAGGCUCUCAACAACAACAGCAGUCAUCACAGUUGUCGCAAUCAUCUCCUUUCAACAACAGUUUACCUUCCAGCCUCCCACCUCUGACCUCGCAGUCUUCUGCUACGUUAGCUGCAAGCUCAUUGAUACACCUACCACUCCCCCCACACCACCCUGCCUCCCUCACUUCCUCUUCAUCCGCAACUCAUCUUCGCCGACAACAGCAGCCGCAAGGUUUGGGAGGUCCACUUUCAUCGUCGCAGCAACAGCACCCAUUGACAGUUUACAAAUCGGGUGUAGUAGGCCCCCUGCCUGGACAUAUUUCUGCAAUUGGAACCAUCAGUGGAGGCCAUCAUGGCAAUAGCAGCGGCCCCGGCUCACUGAUAGUCCCUCCCCCUACUUCGUGCAAUCUCUCCUCACCUCUGGUCAUUCCCACACCCUCACUGAGUCGGGCAUCUUCUACUGGCACUUUCAUCCCACACCCGGCCGAAGUCCCUGUGCCACCACCACCGUCAUCGGUCUGUGUCAGUGCUUCAGCCAGUCUCACUUCUGUAACAACUGCCAGCACCAAGACCAUCUCUGCCCUGACCUCCGGGGAGCCAGUCAUACCCUCGCCGUCAGUUCUCUCUAACAGAGGCGGUAGUGGUAGCAGUCUGACAUCUUCCAGUAGCAGCUCACACCUUGGUCUGGCCAUCAGCAGUAGUAACAGUACCCUCAGUGGUACUCUAGGAAACAGCAGCAGUAGUGGGAGCAGCAGCGGCGGCAGCACACCAUUCGGCAGAAUGCAAGACCCAGGAGAGGAGCCCCAGGACAAGAAGCCUAUUGUUCCUCCCCCAUCCGCGUACCUCCCCCCUCCUCCAGGUUCGGUCCCGUUCUCCCCUUACCACUCGUACUACUACCCACACCCCGGGGCGCCCCACCUGCCCCCACACCCAUCACUCCACCCUUCGGUGGCCAUGUCAGCAGCCUCUUCUUCCUCCUCCUCUACAUCCAGCAGCAACCCCCAUCCCGCCCCUCCCCCUGUACCCAGCUUAGUGCCCAUCAAGAAAGAGCCCCACUCUCCACCCCCACCCCUUAAACCAUCAGAUAAAACCGCCUCGGAUAUCAUAUCUUCUUCAUCAUCAUCAUCAGGCUCAUCAUCAUCGGCAUCGCCUCACCCUCUCCACCGACCACAUCCAGAGAACCCUGGAAAGAUCCCUCAUGGCUUCCCCCAGUCUGGUCUCCCCUCCACAGCACCACUCCCUCCCCCUCCCCUCACCCUCAUCGACCACCGUGACAGCAACAGCAGCUCAAAACCAGACGAUCUCUCUAAGGCUGACUCCUACUCCUCUAGCAAAGACAGUAACCCCCCACGCGGCCUGCCGCCUUCCCCUCACCGCUCGUCGGAGAACCACCCAUCUGUUCUCCAACAUCGAGAAUCCCGCAUGGACAGUAACCUCAGCGUACUGCGAGAGUCUCGGGAGAUCGGUCUAGUAGGGGGUCUCCCUGGACCGCCCCCUCCUCCCUCCUCAUCUUCCUCCCAACAGGGAGCACAUUCGGCCCCUCCUCCCACCCUCAAAGACGACCCAAGAGUUCUAUCCGCAGCAUUCCAGCCUUACUCCCACCACCCUCACCCCUCAUCGUCGUCUUCGUCUUCAUCGUCGUCAUCAUCAUCACACCCUCCCCCUCCGUCUCAUCCCAUCAGCUCGGUGCUGCAGAUCCCACAACGCCAGCUUCAGUCAGAUCCCAGUGCCCCCCACCCCACAGGGCCCCCCCUACACCCCUCACAAGGUGGUCCUCUCAUGCCUGGGGAUGCUGCAGCCCUCAUGUCCUCACACGCUGGGGGACCUCCUCCUUCUCGUCCUCUCCCUCCCCCUGGUGCAGAUGUGGAUAGUUUGGUGAAGAAGGAGCCAAUCACAGUAGAGGAUGACACAGGAAGUGAUGAUGAUAUGCGAGGGGGGUCUACCACCCCUGGCCCCACCUCAGCGUGCAGUAAGGAGAUCUACAAGAGCAACUCUGCCAUUUUCAUCAAGGUGUUUGACCGCGGUGAGAGGAACCAGUGUUCACGAACUGACUUUGUCUUCAAACCACUGCCAGAGUCCAAUCUGGCAAAGAAGAGACGAGCCUCUCACUCUUCUUCCACAUCUUCCAUCAAAGAGGAGAAGAAACGAGUGGAAACUCCGCCACGUGCCACCUCUGUGUCAGAGGGACAAAAGUCGUCGUCAUCCAGCAGCGGCAGCAGUAGCAAUCUCCCCAGCAGUAGUGGUGGUGCCGGCCCUCCUCACAACAUCAGCAGCAGUGCCUAUGCUGAGCGACAUACACCGCGGCCAUUUGCCGACACUCCAGCUCUUAGACAGCUGCAUGAGUAUGCACGCCCUCAUGUGCUGGGCCAGGAUAUCCCCCGUGGACCCUACACUUUGGCAGGCUUGCCCCACCACCCGCAGAUGGACCCCUUGAUGAGCUACCGUCUGGGCAUGUACCCACCGGGCUCCCGCGAGCGUCUGGAGAUGGAGCUGGAGCGGGAUAAACGAGAGCGAGAUGCCCGUGAGAGAGACAUGAGAGAGAGAGAACUAAGGGAGUUGGAGCUACGGGAGAAAAUGAAGGCCGACUUUGAGCUCAAACCCGGUAUGAUGAAGCCAGGUCUAGAGCGCCUCCUGCCCCCUGGAGCAGCCACACAGCUGACAGACCCGAGCUGGCUGGAUAUCCAGAGACGCAUGGGCUUCCCUCCCACGGCCGGCGGCCCCCUAGUGCCUGGUGGGCCCUCUGUCAGUGCCGCGGGCUCCCACUUGCCGGGUGUGUAUCCUCCUGUCAGCUUAGCUAGCGAUCUGGUCGCCAGGGAGAGAGAAAAACUGGAGAGAUAUGGUUUGGCAGCCAGCUUUCCCCAACUAGCGGCCGACAUGUCGUAUGCCAGCGCCGUUGAGCGUCUAUCAGCGGAGCGCCAGGCAGCAGAGAGGCAUGCGGCGGAGCGAGAGCGGGAUCGGGAUCGUUUGGCCGCCCUGGCUAACGACCCGGUGGCCAGGCUACAGCUGGCCGGGGCAGCGGCGGCAGCCACGCAGCACGCACACACACACACACACGCACACUCGCACACACACCUACACCUACACCAGCAGGAGGUGGCCCAUGCCCAAGCUGUAGCCCACGCCCAGGCCCACGGCCUGGCCCCGCCGGCCUUCCCCCACCCACUGGCCGCCCACGCUCAGCACCUGUACCCUCACCACCCUCUGGCUGCGGGCGGACCAGGAGCUGACCCUCUAGCCGCAGGUCCCGGAGCCUCUGUCCCAGUGUCCUCCACCAACCCUCUGUCUGUGCUGCCGCCUGGUGUGGCCCACCACCCUCUGCUGGCCGCCGGUGGCGGGAGGGAGGAGCUCUUGUCCAGAGACCUCUACCAGAGAGGUGGGCCCUUCUUGGACCCAGCGCUGGCUCAUCAGCUGUCUGCCCAGGCAGCCGCCCAUGAGGCUCUUCAGAGACAUUUUGCCAUGGAACGAGAACGCUUUGGCUCCGCCGGACACCUGCCCCACUAGCCUAGUAGGGUGUACUGCUCAACAACACCUCGCUACCACGACUAACUCCCAAAGGAGGUGGGAUGGGGAGUUACUCGUUGAACUCAGGAGAGUGCAAAUCUUGUGACUUUGUGUGAAAAGAGUGGAUAGGUUUGACCUGCAAAUCACCAUCAGGUUUCAUUUGAAACCAGAAUUUUCUCUUUAUGACCAGAUUCUGACUUCACCGAGUCUCUUCAUGUGCAUGUGUUCACCCUUCGGACACUCUCUGACCUGUGCCAUGUGACCAAGCUCCGAACCCUAAACCUUCCUGGACAAUGGUAGAGUGAGCUUGGUGUUCUUUAUUGUGUGUGUAUGAUAUGUUGAACGAAAUUGAUAUUUGAAUUGAGCAGAAAGUUGCUCAGAAAAUGGCAGUAUAAACUUGCUGCAGAUUGUUGGAUGAUGUGAGGCCGUUUUUUUGGUUGUUUUUUUUUCUUCUUGCCUGCUAGUGGAAGCAGCUGAGACAAAUAGUGUUGUAAUAGAUUGUUCAAGGUGUGUACAAUGUUACUAUAUAUAGCUCCCUUGAUCAAGCUGUUAUGUGGUGUUUACCUUGUUCCCACACCCCAACAUAGUUGUCCUCUGAAUCAUGAAUGUUAAAAAGAAAUAGUUUUGCUUUGAACCCUACCUUGUUGUUUUGGUUUGCAAGGCCCAGGAAAUAGUCAUUGUCACCUGAACCUCAGAAAAAUCCCAGACUGUUUUAACUAUUGUAUUCUCCCCUUAUUUUUUCCCCCAUCUCCUCUCUCUCUCUCUCCUCCCAUAUCCUGACGUCCCUUGCGUGACUGAGCUAACUGAAGCCCAUGUCGCUGAGAGACAAUUUCCAAGUGGUGCUGUUUCAAUGGAGAAAAAUCACUUGAUUUUCUUUGUUCAUGUGUGGUUCAAACUCACACCUCGGGCAUCUCUUAUGGCGCAUAAUGGCCCUGGAGUGUGGCAGACAUUAUUGGUGUUCACUGUACAUUUUUAUGCACAUCUCCAAGGAUUCUGGUGUUUGUAAUUUGGCCCGGUUUGUUGAUGAAUGGAUUGAUAUGUUCCCCACUGCACUGGGUGAACCAGUGUGGGUUGUUUGCAAAACUCAUACGCAAAAGCAGUUAUUCAUAAAUGUACAGGAGUCCUUCUAUUUUUGUUGUCAUAUAUGGAAUAUAAUAAUUUAUACUGAGCCUGUUUUGAAAGCAUGUACAGAUUUGUCAAUUUUAUGGUGCAGUUGUUCUUUGUUUGUUUUCUUUUCGCCCUUUCUAUGCUUUCUACAACUGAUCUAUACAAUCAAUGUUCUUGUGUUGGUGAAAAGGACUUAACGCUGUGAGUUAUUUUUCCCUCAAGUUGAACAAUGUAGGUGAUUCAUAAUGGGAGCUUCAGAGUUCAGUGGAAUUUGAAGGGAGAUGAACAGUGGUGGACAGGACACAUAUAGAAAUAAUGUAGUGCAAGUGAUACUGAAAUAUUUACAUAACUGAAAGCUGUUGCAUGAAACAUGUAGUCUGUAUUUUUUAGUUGGACAAUUACGUUUCAGCAGUUAUGAAUGUUACUUGCGUAGAAUAAAAAACAAUGAAAGAUGCUAUAUUUUCUAAUAUUUUUUGUUAACUGUUUUAUGUUGGGUGGGAACUGAGUCAAUGAUUAUAAUUUUGGAUGCAGGCAGAAAAACUUCAGUUUUGUCCCGCAGUGAGAGAAGUGUAGAGAAAGUGGUGGUGGUAAUAAGUCUCUGUGGAGGAAGGAGCCAGGCAGGGGUCAGUUGUACAGUCGUGCGGUGGGCUGGUUGCUACUGUAUAUAUAUAAGACUCAUCAUAUUUCUGUUCCUUAUGGAAGUUGUCACAGUCCUCAAAGUGUUUGUGUUCAUGGAAGAAAUGGCACAUUUUGUACACUUCAGUCUAACGGAAGAGACUGUGCUGGGUAUAAAUAAUUGAGGAUACUGUCAAGAACAACAUUUGGCAGCCUAAAAUGGAGGAACUUGUGUGCAAAGAUGGGUGCUGUUGGUAAUUUCUGCUACCAUGUGAGCUGGCGUGCUUUUCCCUAUCUACUGGGCCAGAGAGGUGUGUCAGUGGAAACAAGGUACUACCUGGUUGUACAACACCCGUUUUGUUAAUUGUCCAUCACAUCCUGAACUUCUGGCCUCAUCUCUAUAGUUAUGUAACUUGUGUUGUCUGUGUGUAUAGUGAUGAAACAACCAUGAUAAAUUGACAGAAUGAUGGGACAGGUGUAUGUUCAGAUAUUUUUUGGGUGCAAACAUUGUAGAUAAGAGUUGAGAUGAGGUAACAGGUGGUGAGGGACGUCACUGUCUAGAGUGUCUAGAGUAUGUUGUUGUACAGUCUGAGGGCGUUUGUUUUCUUCACCGCUUGUUUUGUUGUCAGUAAUGUAUGCUUAUAUGAAAUGAAAUGUAUUAUACUCCAGAAUGCAUAAUUGUUUGAUGGUUACACCGAUUCUGUUUGUGUCUGAACAUCAAAGAUUUCUUUGACGUGUACUUCCUCCCCUACAGUUUUUCUUGCCCUGUCCUGUCUGCGUUGCUCUUCCCUGUUAUUGGUGGCUGUGUACAGCUACAGCUUGUCAAGCGGCCAGCCUAAGUGAGGCACAAGUUGGAGAGAAUGGCUCUCUCAACUCAUCAACAACGACACUCACAAUCUCAGAUUUUGGGUGUUUCAGUAUUGGUGUCUUUAUAGCAUGAGUUUGACCAGAUGAAAAAUGAAAUGACCACCCUGUGUUGGGAUAAUGCAAUGAUGGGGGGGAAAUGUACUAUACUGAUAGUUCUAACAACAGUUUGAAGGGGGUCACUCACUCAGCUCUGGGCAACUUGUGUUUUCUUUAGACUGGCUGCAAGUAUUUCUGUGUAUUUUUUAAAAUUUUAAUAGCUUAUAUUUCUUGAACCUGGCUUGCAAAUGUCCCAUAUUUAAUGUUGUCUUUACUCAGACUGUUCCUGAUAAUCACAUGUUCAUGUAAUUGUCUGUAAUGCAACUUUGUGGGCUGUAUGGACUCUGUGGUGCUGGGCAGUCAAAUAUAAGUUUCUAUCUGUGGAGCGUAACUUGUGAUGGCUGCUAUUUUGGACCCUAAAGACCAGUUUUAUGCACAUCUCCCUGUUGAUGGCUGGAAGAAGCUGCUACAGUCCGGCCUCAUGUGUUGUUUUGUACAGAACCCUCAUAUUUUUCCCCCUGCUUUUUCUGGCUCCUGGAAGCCUUAUGUAAUGUAGUUAUACAUAUCUCAAUGUAAUGUCAGGGUUGAUCCGCAGACAGACGCUGACUUUAUCUAAAGGAAGAAUCCUGAGUUUCUUUGUACUCUUUGUCUGCUGCUGCACAAUUCUGUGUGUGUGUGUAUGAUAGUGUAUGCAUGGCAUCAACUCUGCCCAUUUCCUCUCCUGUCUUUGGCCAUUUGUUUGGUACAGCCUCAUGCUGAAUGCAGGCCAAUGAUGAGCCUAUAGUGUGCGCUGCCUGGCGUUUGCCUCGUUCAGUGACACUGAGUUCAUGUCUACUCACCCUCACUCAGUUUCUUUGCUCUUCUGAAGCCAGUGUCUGGUUUCACUUUUUGACUCUGCUGUAUAUACAGAAAAUAAGAAUUAGAUUUCAGUGUAGGGAAGAUGUUUUAUUUAGUACAGAUUUCUUCUUACUUUUGGAAUAUCCUUGCGUGGUUUGACCUCAACUGGCAGGGACAGAGCUGCCUGCUUGCUAAAUUGUGUUAACCCCUUUGCUGCCUUAUAGUGCGUCAGGAAAGGGCAUCAUUUUUAGCUUUGUGCCAUACCAUGGACGACACAGAAGUUAGCAAAAAUUUGCCAUUCCUGGUUGCAUAAAUGACAUGACAUGUACGUACGGCUAACCAUCUGGCUCGAAUUCUUCUGUAUGGAGAUAUAGCCACAAGCACAGCACAGAUUUGUAUUCAGGAAUAAAAAAUAUGCAUAUCAGUGCCAAUUUUGCUAGUGCUAAACUUGCAGUCAGUAAACACAAGUGUAGUCUUGGAAUAAUGCAUGUAUUCUCAAAAUGUAAACUUCAAAAGGACUGAAAAAAAGGGCAGCAAAUUUCAAUUUGGAACUUAGUUUUUCUCAAUUAUGGGCAAGAUGGGGAUUACAGGGAACCAGGAAAGCGACACAAUCUGACAGUUAGUCCAUAUCUGCUGUCCUGAUAAAAGAGCUUAGCUGAAAAUGAGCGCUGGCAGUAGGAACGCACACCAGCUGGCAGGGAAGGGGUUAACCGUUGUGUAUUUGAUGAGCCACUUAUAUAUUCUGUUUGCCCUGCGGUCUCCGCUUACCAUCUUGGAUUCAGUAUGACAGUAGUAACUGUUACAGAACCUUUCCCCUUCUUCCUCUCUCUCCCUCCCUUCAUCGUUCCCUCAACCUGUGUGAGCGCAAGGAGCUCCCCAGUCUCCCCUUUGUAUAAAUGGCCUGCUGGUACAAUAAUUUUAGCACUUUGUUUUUUGCUUCAGUUCGCUUUGUAUGUACAGGCAAAUGGCAACCUCUGAUAGGUCCGUCUUCUCAGACCUCUGACUUGGCCAGCGCCGAUAUGUUGAUGGACAAGAUGGGGAUUACAGGGAAUCAGGAAAGUGACACAAUCUGACUAGUGAGUCCAUAACUGCUGUCCUGAUAAAAGAACGAGAUACAACGGUUUUGUGUGGUGCUCUGUAUGGUCAGUUUGUUUUGAAGAUGAGUUUGGAAGAUAAGAAAAAACACUCAAACAUUUUAAUGUUUCAAACUCAACAAUGUUUUGGGAUUGUUGUUUUUUCCCUCUGCAUUAAGCUCACUUUGAGGAGAGGACAAUGUAGAGGCGGGGGAGAUUAUUCACAGUUCAUGUGUUGAUUUCUACUUGUUUCCUAUCCUGCCUUUCUGUUUCUCCCAUACCUUCUUUCUAUCCUUCCUAUCCUAACCUUGGCUUACGAGAAGGCUGAUGUGGUCUGCUCCUUCUCAUUGUUUCAAUUGUGUCCGUUUGUUCAAAGUGGGCGUUGCUUAUUAUUGUGUAAACUUGACUACAACUUCACAGCCACCUCUACCCCUCUCACUGUCUCAUCUUUUGUCUGAGCAUGGUGUGUGCAAAUGGCCAACUUCUAGUGUGCAUUUCCUUUCAGUUCAGCUUUGAUAUAACAUUUUUUCUUAAUUUUUAUAAAGUUUUAGGAUCGGAGAGAAAGGCUUUGUUAUUCCAUAUACUGUACUGUUGUGCUUAUGGGUGCCUCUUGUUUGAUUUUUAUCCAACCCGACUCCCCUGCCCUCCCUUUUUGGCACAUGGCCACAGAAUAUGGUCUCUUGUUUUCACGAGGAUAAAUGUACUGUAAGUGAUUGAGAAAGCCUGGGAAGACUGCCUGUACCAUACGCUGAUCCACUCCUGUUUUUGACACCCCCUUCUCUGUAAUCAUAAUUUAAUUUACUUGAACUGGAUAUGAUAUUUAUAUCUCUAUAGUGCGUUUUUAUUACAAAAGCAAAAGGUAUGAAAACCGCAAAGCUUACAAUUUUGUUUACGCAUAGAUACAAUUAUUCUCUAGCUCCAUAUGUAUUUUGUUUUGUUUCUUUUUUUUUUUUCCUUUUUUUUUUUUUGGUGAUUUUGUAAAAUAAAAUCUACACAAUCUAUU